UCAUGACCCCGGAAGUAAAUGGGGGGAAGGUUUUGAAGGGAGAUUGAGAAGCAAUUUGGUGUGACAACGGCGUGGAAGAAAGGUCACGUGACUCAGCGGCCGGCUCGGGAGUCUAAUAAUGGCCGGCAGCAGGCUGGAGAGAGUCGGCACCGUCUUUUCACGGGUUCGAGAUCUGAUGCGGUCUGGAGUGAUAAAGCCAGCAGAUAAACCCAUCUGGUAUGAUGUGUACAAAGCUUUUCCACCAAAACGGGAACCACUCUAUGUGAAGCCCUCAAGAAGAUACUGGAACAAGAAACCAGACCCCGUGCCUGAAAUUUUCUACGCAGAAGAUGAAGUUAGAGCGAAGUUCUAUGAGCGGUACGGCAUGGGUUCUCAGCCCUUCAACCUUUUCAAAUCCAACUUCCUGUCUACCAGUCAGAGGUUUAUCUACAAGUAUGAAGAGUUAAAGAGCCAAUUCGACAUGGACAAGUCUCUUCUCUUUGAGCGGACUGGGAAGGCUUUACUGGCAGAAGGCAUCAUACUGAGGAGAAGAAGCACUGAGACCUCCAAACAUUCAGAGACUACGCACACGCACAGGGAUCCAGUGUUGGGGCUCAAGCUGGCUUACUUGUUGGCCGAGCAGAGUGGAAGUCAUGCUGAAGGCAAGCAAGACAUGUUGGCCGAGCAGAGUGGAAGUCAUGCUGAAGGCAAGCAAGACAUGUUGGCCGAGCAGAGUGGAAGUCAUGCUGAAGGCAAGCAAGACAUGUUGGCCGAGCAGAGUGGAAGUCAUGCUGAAGGCAAGCAAGACAUGUUGGCCGAGCAGAGUGGAAGUCAUGCUGAAGGCAAGCAAGACAUGUUGGCCGAGCAGAGUGGAAGUCAUGCUGAAGGCAAGCAAGACAUGUUGGCCGAGCAGAGUGGAAGUCAUGCUGAAGGCAAGCAAGACAUGUUGGCCGAGCAGAGUGGAAGUCAUGCUGAAGGCAAGCAAGAGCACAAAGAGCAUACCCCAAAGACGUCUUAGAAAUAAAAGCAUCAUCAACAUUAAAUCAUGAUUGAUAAGAAUCAUAUCUAAUCUAUCAACUGAAAGUAGCCUUCAUUGGUUUUCUUCAUUUAUUGAUAGUCAGCAGAGUGUGUUCAGUUCAAUGUACCGUACUUAAGGUAUCUAAGUCUAUAUUGCUGUGUGUGUCCAAGAGAUAUUUGAUGUUUAGUACAACAACAGAGUGUGUUCAGUUCAAUGUACCGUACUUAAGGUAUCUAAGUCUAUAUUGCUGUGUGUGUCCAAGAGAUAUUUGAUGUUUAGUACAAUUACCAUCCAAAUAGUAGUAGUUGCAUUUGGAAUAGAGCUCCAUAUGUUAAGAAAUGCAGAGUUACAACUUUGUUGUCCAGAGUCAGAUGUAAGUGACAUAUUGGAAACAAAUAAAAUGAGUCAUUUCUAAAAA